AAAAGAAAACAUUCAAUCUACAAGAGAGAAGGGAUUGUUGGUGACACAAGCCCCAGCGAAGAACUGGAGAAAUACAAGAGACGUCCGAAAGAACCGUCCAGGCAGAAGAAAUGCUGUGGUCCUUCCCUUUACCCACAGAAAGUGGAACACAAGAGACUACAUAGCUGAAGAAAUUGUAUCCUCCUUACAAAUGAGAGACAUUCAAGGCUACGUAGUUUCCAACAGCUUCUCCACAGUGCAGACUGGAAUAAGGAAAACAUGAAUAUCACAAACUGUACCACAGAGGCCAGCGUGGCUGUGAGACCCAAAACUGUCACCGAGAAGAUGCUCAUCUGCAUGACUCUGGUUAUCAUCACCACCCUGACCAUGUUGCUGAACUCGGCUGUGAUCAUGGCCAUCUGCACCACAAAGAAGCUCCACCAGCCUGCAAACUACUUGAUCUGCUCCCUUGCUGUGACAGAUCUCCUGGUGGCAGUGCUUGUCAUGCCCCUGAGCAUCAUGUACAUUGUCAUGGACAGCUGGAAGCUUGGGUACUUCAUCUGCGAGGUGUGGCUGAGUGUGGACAUGACCUGCUGCACCUGCUCCAUCCUCCAUCUCUGUGUGAUUGCCCUAGACAGGUACUGGGCCAUCACCAAUGCUAUUGAAUAUGCCAGAAAGAGGACAGCCAAGAGGGCAGGACUGAUGGUCCUCACUGUGUGGACCAUCUCCAUCUUCAUCUCCAUGCCCCCUCUGUUCUGGAGGAGCCGCCGCCGACUCAGCCCACCCCCCAGUCAGUGCACCAUCCAGCAUGACCAUGUCAUCUACACCAUCUACUCCACACUUGGGGCGUUUUAUAUCCCCUUGACUUUGAUACUGAUUCUCUAUUACCGGAUUUACCAUGCAGCCAAGAGCCUUUACCGGAAAAGGGGAUCAAGCCGGCACUUAAGCAACAGAAGCACAGAUAGCCAAAAUUCGUUUGCAAGUUGUAAACUCACACAGACUUUCUGUGUGUCUGACUUCUCCACCUCAGACCCUACCACAGAGUUUGAAAAGAUCCACACCUCCAUCAGGAUCCCUCCCUUCCAGAGUGAUCUAGAUCACCCAGGAGAACGCCAGCAAAUCUCUAGUACUAGGGAACGCAAGGCAGCACGCAUACUGGGACUGAUUUUGGGUGCGUUCAUUUUGUCCUGGCUGCCAUUUUUCAUCAAAGAGUUGAUUGUGGGUCUGAGCGUCUACACCGUGUCCUCUGAAGUGGCUGAUUUUCUGACAUGGCUUGGUUAUGUUAAUUCUCUUAUCAACCCUCUGCUGUACACAAGUUUUAAUGAAGACUUUAAGCUGGCUUUUAAAAAGCUCAUUAGGUGCCAAGAGCAUGCUUAGACUGUAAAAAGCCAAAAGGCAUGACUUUUACCAGAGCCUCAUGAGUGGUUGGGAGUCUAGGGGGCAACUUAUUAAUUCUUGAACAUACUUGGUUCAAGAGAGUUUGUAAGUGUGUGUGGUCUUGGUUUUUUGUUUGUUUUGUUCUGUUUUGUUUGAGGCUUGUUAUUUGCUGUGCUGUUUUCUACUUCUGGUCUUAUCUGUGAUACAUAAUUUCAAAUAAACAUUAUCACACAAAAACAGAAAUUUCAUAGAAAAUAAUAAGGUGAAAUAGCACAUACUUUUUUUUUUUUAGCCAUUUCAGUUAACCCUGCAAUUAAAGAAUGCCAAAACAA